AUGACAGGAACUGGUGACAAUGCGCAAAUCAAGGCAAACAUAACUCGUUGGUGCAAUACUCAAGGUUCAGAUUUUGCCUCCCGAGUAUUUGAACGUUCAUCAUCAGCGUUUGAGAACUUUCUUCUGAACUCCACAUUUGGUACUCAGCUGCAAAAAGAAGGGCAGGCAAUCCAGCAAUUGUUAUCCCGUCCAACUCACACAUCAAUGACUGAGUUACUGAAAAGUUUCUCUAUGCAAGACCUUGGUAAAGACCUGGAGAAAGCUGCCCCAACUCUUUGGGGGGUUCUUACCAGUGUUUCCUCACGGGAAGGACAGCCGAAACGGGAAAAAGAACUUGUUUUCACGGCCAUCUGUGCUAUGCUCAGCCUAGUCCGUUCUCAGAAGGCCAAUAAUUUCCAGGUCAUAAUGGGCUUCUUCCUCCUGGGCUCAGGUGCUGGAAAGCGCGAAAUUGCUGUACUUGCACAGGCAGGACUCAGUGUCUCCCCCUCUGCUAUCAACCAAUACGUUAAAGAACUUUCUCGGGAGAAUAUUGCAAUUGUGCAGGAGGUUAUCCAGUCAUUUUUGUGCUCACUAGUUUGGGACAACUUGAACUUCGCAUUUCAUAUCGACUCGCAGCGUCUAGGAUCAAAAGACCAUUUUGACAGUGGGACAACUGUAACAGUAGUUGUUCAGCAUGAUCCCGAUACUGGCUUACCUGCCAAGCACGGAACACUUUCCUUCGAUAUGAAACCACCACGGACUAGUACACACCAAAUAAUCAGCAACCAGUCUUUACUUCUCCUUCCAUCUCCUGAUGAUAUCAAAGCUCUGGAGUUGUGCGAAAUAUGGCAACUCACUCAACUUGCACUCGAGCAUGAACCCCAACUUGCACAUCUCAAAGAUUGCUUCUCCCCCUGUCCUACUGUUGAGCAAAUUGCUCUCCAUGUCACCAAACAGUACCCUGCCCCAGCUAUGCAUGAAGAUGAAUCAAGUCUUGAUGGCACAAUCCGGGUGUACCUGAAAAUUCUGCGUGAUCUUGGUGUUAGUGAUAACGACAUCCAGAAACUUGGGCUUUUCUUCACAGACGGUGACCUUUUAACAGAUUCAUUAGUUGACAAGGUUGAAUCUGGUCGUCGCAACAGUGCUGAAACAGAAAUCCUCGAAAGUCUUAGAGCAGUAAUCCGACGGUUUGGACUGUUCCAUGCUAAAAUGGCUGGUGCUCGCAUGGUAAUCAAUGAGCAUUGGGGAAAACCAAAUUCGCCAUGGCCAGGAAGCUUGUGGUGGGAACAUACCAACCUCUUGCGACGGAAACCUAUUAGUGCUGGAUGGCAGUCGAAAAAAGCUGCGCCGUGGAAACCAACACAUGAACUCAUACAGAUAUCACUUGCUGGGCAUAUUCUUGAUGCGUUUCGGCUCCAUUGCAGCAACAGCAACUUCAACCACUGGGCCUCUCAAGCUACAUUAGAUGAUCUGAAUGCAAUUUCCAAGAAAGUAUACGCCAACUUAUUCAGCUCUGCCGGAUAUGAGAAGCAAAGGGAAAUGGACCAACCUGACACUGUUUUAAUGAACAAUAUCCUCUACAACCGUGAUGCACUCCGUUACUGGCUGUUGGUGAAGUCAAUAAAGGCAGGUGAUAUUGGCCAGGUAGUUUUGGUUCUUAGGAUCUGGAUGCUCAUGAUGCGGAUACCCAAAACCAUGCCUCGUUAUGCCAAUGCGAUUUUCGAAACUCUUGGCCAUUUACAGCAAUAUCCUGAGCGUCUCCGCAAAAUGUUUCUUCACAAUUGGCUUGUGAAUCUCACUGGUCGUGCAAAUGGAUUCAAAGAGGUUGACCUUCUGCAAGAACAUACUAAUUUUUGGAUCAAAAUGGUUUACGGUGCAAAAGGAGUUAAUCGCAACUGGGAAUGGCUUACGAUGAUUUCGGUCUGUAUAUACUCCUUGCGUGAAGCACUUCGAACAGUGCAGAAGACAUUUGAUAUCCCAAUUUACGGUACUCAGCAUACAACACCUAACAUGGAGAAAGAAGUUCAACUGAUUGCUGAGAAGUUGAAAGAGGAGAAAAUUCAAGAAUAUGUUCUUGACCGUCCUGCAAAUGCUGAAGUCGAGCUUGUUCGUGAUCUCAUUGGCGAAGGAGUCAGCGAUGCUAUUUUGAAGAAUCUAGGUGUUCAAGGUGAGACAGUAGGGGCAGACUCGGCACAGGAUCCCAAUGAAGAUUCGGAAGACAAUGAGGAGUACUACAUCCCUACCGCAGAAGACCUUGCAAUGGAUGACGAGGAGCCGAUUGAACUCGCUAACGAACUGUUGGACAGUGCCAUGUCAUUGAUUGAAGAAGAGUGGUAUCUUUAUUCUAUAUCUAAAGUUAUUUUAGUUUCUGUAAUCGAGAGAUUGUACCGUUCCAUAGUACUUGCCAGUUGCACAUUGAACACACCCUCUAGCUCAUUUGCAUACGUACAUAUUUGUGAGUUUGGUUCAUUAAAUGUCCGUGCAUUACUGAAUAGAAGCCGCCAUGCAACCACAAAUUCUGACAAGGUUGAAUAA